CCCAUAUAAGAUCAAUAGUACUAGUAAAGAGGCAAAAGAAAAGCUUUAUUGAGAUAUGGUGGGCCUGACAUCCAGUAGUGCCCUGUCCUUGCCGCUGAGUGUAGCGCUGCCUAAUUAUACAUACUCCGUUAGUUGGGAUGGUUGGGGAAAGCAGAGGUCGCUUGGCUCUCCUUCUGGCUCCUUCGUCAGUUUUCCACUGUCAAUGGUGGUAUCACGUGACUACACAUAUAAACAGAGCAAACAUAGCAAACUAGCCGUAGGUGUGUGUAUCUCAUGGAAGGUUCGACAACAUCACCAUAGAAAUUAUUGGGCGUGUUAUAUGCUCUAACACACAUUGACACCUUCAAUUUUUUUACUAAAACUACUCUAAAGACCCUUGAAUACUUCAAGAUGCCUUUAGAUUACAGUAAAUGGGAUGCUCUCGAGCUGAGUGACGACUCGGACAUCGAAGUUCACCCAAACGUGGACAAACGCUCCUUUAUCCGCGCGAAGCAGAAUCAAAUCCACCAAGAGCGUGAUCACCGCAAGCUCCAAAUUGCCACAUUUAAAUAUGAGCGCAUCAUCAAUGACGGUUUCCUCAAGCGUAUUGAGGGGCUCCUCAAGGCUUUAGAAUCCCACAAGUCUGAGGCCGAAUCUCGUAAUGCCGAUGAAAUUAUAUUCCAAUCUCUUAUGGAAUCAGCAGAUCCAGACAAUGAUCAGCCCCCUGCAAGACCACAGGGUGUCCACACGGACGAGAAGGAGCUGCCUUCAUACUCCAAAAUGAUUGCCACCCUCAUCGACCAGGUUAAAGCCACAGUCGCAGAAAAGAACGUGGCCGACUCUAACAAGCUGCCCGCGUACCUUGAAGAAGUGAAGCAGCACAAGGCAAAAGUGGACGACCUACAGCGCCAACUCAAUGAGAAACUCACGGAGCUCGAGCUCACCGAUAGCAAGAAAAUCACCAGCGAAAGCAUACACACCGGCUUCGACUCCUCUUCCGUCAACAAAUCCAACCCUCCUCCACCUACAACAGCAAAACCCUCUGGUGCGAAACCAAGAGCCAAGAAAGUUGAAGUCCUGAAUCCGCAAGCCCUUGACAAGACACCCAGCCGAGAUUCCGGCGCAGACGCCGAUGUCGACGAGCCUAUAGCAGCAGCACCAGGUGACUCCUCCGACGAUGAAGAACACCACGCUACUGAAAUUGGCAAGAAAUUUGCACGCAUCAAGAUGGGCGACUACCGCGCCUGCGUCAACUUCAUCGGGGAGCAUCCCGAGGUGAUCGCCGAGCGUGAGACAGACGGCCUCUUAAUCAUGGCGUUCGACGCCGAGCUUGCCGGAAAAUCCAGCGUGGCACAGCAGUGUGUCCACCAAGCACUACUGUUGCAAUACUGCAGGACGCUCGGACGCGACGGUGUCGGCUUGUUCUUCAAGCGCAUCACUACCCCAGGACAUCAGGCGCAGAAGGUCUUCACGGACGACGUAAAGGAUACGUACCUGCGUAUCCACAAGCGCGCGAAGGAGAUCCUGAAGGAGCGCGAGAAGGAAGAGGAGGCCGGAGGCGUGGAGCAGAUCCAGCUGCAUGCCGUGGAGCCAGGGACUGAGAUCAAGAUUUUCGUGCCGCCGAAGGAGCUGCUUGAGUCGGCGGAUGAGGAGGAACGGAGGAGUCGCGAGAUCUUCGAGGCCUUCCCGCCUGGACUGCAGCGUGCGCUGGAGAGUGCGAGUCUUGAUGAGGUCAAUAAGGUGCUGGGGAAAAUGAGUGUAGAUGAGGCUGAGGAGGUGGUGGGGCAGCUGAGUGAAGGGGGGAUGUUGAGUUUGGGGGAGCAGAUUAUUGAUACCACGACGGCCGAGGGGCAGGCUGAGUUGAAGAGGCUGGAGGAGGAGGAGAAGGAGUCGAAAGAGGAGAGGGAGAAGUUGGACAAGUAUGCUGGGGACCCAGAGUGAAUAGAAUGAACCAGGAGCAUGUUGCGUGGGAUAGCGACGAGUAGUCACUCGCUCUCAAAAAUGCAUCUUGCACCUUAAAAUAGUGUAUUUACAUACCAAUAUUAUUUACCACUACUCGUCUUGUAAGUCAGCAAAGCGAUUCGUUGAAGCAGCCCGACAAAACUUUUCCUAUGUUUAAAUUAUCCGCGGACGCGGUCACGAUAGUUGCAAUUUAAAAGUUAAGUGACUUGUUCUGUUCCUAUCUGCCCAGGCAGCUUAUAUCAUACACAAACGUUACAAAUAAC